AUGAGGCUCAACGAGGACACGGUGCUGCAAGGCGGGAGGGCCACGCUGGUGCCCUACACGGCCGCGCACGUGCCCCGGUACCACGAGUGGAUGAAGUCGGAGGAGCUGCAGCGCCUGACGGCGUCCGAGCCCCUGAGCCUGGAGCAGGAGUACGAGAUGCAGCGCAGCUGGCGGGAGGACGCCGAUAAGUGCACGUUCAUUGUGCUGGACACGGAGCGGUGGUCGGCGCAGCCGCGGGCGGAUGAGGACUGCAUGGUGGGAGAUGUGAAUUUGUUCCUCACCGACGUUGAGGAUCCCACUUUGGGCGAGAUUGAAAUUAUGAUUGCAGAGCCCAGCUACCGUGGCAAAGGAUUUGGCAAGGAGGCAACGCUGAUGAUGAUGUCCUAUGGGGUGAAAAACUUAGGGAUCACCAAAUUCGAGGCAAAGAUUGGCCAGGAGAACGAAGCCAGUAUCAGCAUGUUCAAGAAGCUUCAUUUCAAGGAGGUAGCGGCGAACAGUGUCUUCCAAGAAGUGACGCUGAGGCUGGAUGUGAGUGAGCAGGAGAAGCACUGGCUCCUGGAACAGACAAGCCACGUGAAGGAGAAAAGCUAUAGGGACCUAAAGCUGCCCACCGUAGUGCCCCAGAGCUGAUGGAUGCAUCCAGACACAGGCCUGGUUUGGCGGGAUGAGGAGUUGGACACGGUUGCAAGAAGGUCUGAGCAUGGAGCAUAACCAGCAGGCCAGCAUUGCACUUGACUGUUCUCAUCUAUCUAGAGGGUUACUUUGCAAUCUUAUCAACUUGGCACUUUGCUGCAACAGCCAGAAAUACUGCCUUAAAUUUUGUCCUCAAGAACAGCUGUUAAUCCACAGACUUGACUAGGAAUGGCUCUUUUAAACCUCAAAAUAUCUGACUGUCCCAGUAGAACCAGGAACAGCAGCAGUGAAUUGAUUUUGCAGACAGUCUCUGGACGAGCAGCACCCUGUGUUCCUCUUACACCAUUCUUAGGGCAGAAUUCACUGGUUCCACACAAGGAGCCCAGGUACACUGGUAGCUCCGUUGUUUUCUCUUGAAUUAAAAAAAAGACAAAAAAAAGAUAAAAAUCUGUCAUGUGCAAGUGUGAUGUAGGAGCAAUGGGGUUUGACUGUUUUCUU